AUGACAGUGCGAGGACAUUCUUCAACUUUCCACAGUUUUUUGCAAGACACCAGAAAACCAAAUUCUUUCUUGGAUUCGGUAAAAGCCAUUAGAACAGAAUUAGAAGAAUUUGCUUCGACUAGAAUUACAUCAAUGCCUUCGAGUAUUGUUUCAUAUGAGAAUCUCGAGGCCAUUUAUAUUAAUUCGUAUAAAGCUUACAAAGGUAUUGACAAACAAAUGAAGUCAUUCAACAAAACGGCCAAAGAAAAGACCAAACUUCGUAAAAUGAUACAUAAAUCGGAAAAUGCGCGAAAAAUGUAUCAGGCUAAAAAAUAUUUUUUUGUGGCGAUUGAUAUUGAAAGUUAUGAAAAAGACCACUCUUGUAUUUUAGAAGUUGGUUGGAGUAUGUAUAAUUCCAAAACCGACUUAUAUAUGGAUCGACACUUUUGUGUGAAUGAAAAUAAACAUCUGAGAAACGGCCAAUACGUUCCGGAUAUGAAAAAUCGAUUUAACUUUGGGAAAACGAUCUGGGAAGAUCAAAAAACAAUUGCGGAUGAAUUCGUAAAAGAUCUAACAAGCGAUGAUGUCAAAGGAUAUGUUGUCAUCGUUGGACAUGGAGUUAAUAUGGAUAUCAAUUAUUUAGAAACCAUGGGGGUUAAAAUAAAUGACCUUAUCGAAGAUGAUUUUCAAUUUGAUACGGCAGAAAUGAAUGCAGCGAGAAUUGGGAAACCAAAUGAACGAAUCAGUCUUGGUCGAUUAUUAGAUCUACUAGAUAUUGAAAAUUACAGUUUACAUAAUGCUGGUAACGAUGCACACUACUCAUUAUUGUUAUUUUUCGAAUUAUGUAAGCUUCCAAUUAUGCCACCAGCAUCGGAAGAACUAGAAUACAUUAGCGAUUCAGAUUAA